CACACAGACAGACACACAGACACACACUCCCGGCCCCGCAUCCCGCCGCCUCGUCUCCCCAACAUGGUCAUCAAGGUCUACAUCGCCUCCUCCUCCGGCUCCACGGCGAUUAAAAAGCAGCAGCAGGAUGUGUUAGGCUUCUUGGAAGCCAACAAAAUUGAAUUUGAGGAGAAGGACAUCGCCGCCAACGAGGAGAACAGAAAGUGGAUGCGUGAGAACGUCCCUGAGGACAGCCGGCCCGCCAGCGGGAACCCGCUGCCCCCCCGGCUCUUCAACGACAGCCGCUACCUCGGGGACUACGAAGCUUUCUUCGAAGCCCGAGAGAACAACGCCGUGUACGCCUUCCUAGGCUUGACUGCCCCUCCUGGUUCCAAGGAAGCUGAAGCACUGGCCAAGCAGCAAGCAUGAACUUCAACUGCCUUAAAUGUUCUGUAAAGGGAAUUUCCACAGCUUUUUAUAAACCAGUACAGUUGUCUCUGCUUCAAGAAAUGUAGAUGUGAUUUCUGACAGUCGAUUGGUGCUUGCAGCAUUCACCCUACGUAAUGCAAAUCUGAACACAAGAUGAAAAUGUGAACACAGAGAGCACAGAGGGGUUUUAUUUCCAAGUUGGAAGCAUAGGAAACUGAGGCAGACAGGAAUGAGUUUCAACUAUCUUGGCAAUUCAUCCAUUUUGGGUAAAGUUAAGAAACUAUUUUAGUACUAAUAAUACAGAUGGGGUUAUACCUACAGAUCCAACUAUUUAAAACAUGGGAAACAAACAACAGCAUCUAAAAACCUUGUCAGAUACUCACUCUAGUGCCUGAGUUGCCUCCAAAAUGUUACUGAGUUACACAGUCAUUUUUCAGUGUCUUUUCUGGUUUCAGAUGAACUUGUAGGUGGGAUCGUGUAGUACAGCCAUUGUAGUCACUUCUGAAAGUUAACCUUUGUUCUUUUGUAGAAUAGAUAUUUAAGAUUUGUAUUGUAACACACUGUACAGAUGGUAACAAAAAAACAAGAAGGAAAAAAAAAAAAAGCCAUGUAUUUUUCAUUUAAGUGAUCCAUGUGGGCUCUUUUGACAGAGGAAAAGGGAUUGGGGGAGUGACCAACCUUUCCACUGGCAGGUCCAUCACAGAGCUGCCUGAGUGCAGAGCUCAGGGCACCUCCCUGGAGUCUGCCCCAACCCCCUGGGAGUGUUGCAAAGAAGCCAAAACAGCCAGAAAUGGCAUUUUCCUUACCUGUGUAAGGGUGAAAGCCUUUAAUGUAUUUCUCUACAAAAAUACCACUUCACACUGCUUAGAGCAUUAGGCAGCUUCUUGCAUGUCCAAGUAGCCAUUAGAUUCAUACAGUAUUUUUUCAAAGGAGGAAAAAAAUGUUUGAAUAGCAAGAACUGUUGUAAUUAAGGAAGACUUUUUUUUUUUUUUCAGUUUCAGACCCUUUUUUUCUAUUGUUAUUGCCAUACCAUCAAGCUAGUCCAGGAACUGCAACUCUGUUCAAGUGUCUCGUGUUGGUGAAUUCACCACGUGCAAUAUUAGCCUGUCUGUUCUCCCAGUGCUCAUGAGAGACUCUGUAUUUCUGGGCCAUAUUGUGCAAAAAUACAAAUCAUUCCAAGUGCUCUGAAGCAUAAGAAACAGGUUUAAAAAGCGUGGGGGUAAUUCUUCACCACUUAAUGUAGGUAUUCCCCAAAAGCAUCCAAAGGCAGUAAGAUCAUUAGUCCUUGCAGUAGUUACAGGUUCAUUCUGUAAGAGCUCUGCACACAUUUUGAGUCUCUCUGCUUUAUGGAGACAGAGGGACAGGUCAGCACAGGGUUGUGGUUGUUACCCUGGUGCUCUAAAACAUGUGCAGAGCUUUUUAAAUACCUCCUGAAGUGGUUUACAGUUCCUGGUUUGGAAGUCUGGAAUUAGGAACAGGAUAAAAGUUACAAAGAUGUUCCAAAGCAUGGUCAUUCAAUACUUUUCCCUCACCAUUGUUUCACAGAAUUGUCAUGGUUGGAAAGGACCUCUGAGAUCACAGGGUCCAAACAAAAGCACAAAACAAACAAACAAAAAACCCCAAACAAACAGAAACAACCACACACACCCCCCACCAAAAACCACCCAUCAAACCCCCCCCAACCUCAGCCACCAGAGCGUGUCCUGAAGUGCCACAUCUACACAUUUCUUGAACACCUCCAGGGAUGGUGACUCCACCACUUCCCUGGGCAGCCUGUUCCAGUCCCUGACCACUCUUUCAGUAUAGAAAUUCUUCCCAAUAUCCAAUUCUUCCUAAUAUCCACUCUUUUCUUAGGGGCUUUUGCUCCAAAGGUGACUGCGACCCAUGAUUUUGUCAACAUCUGCUAAAAGAGGAGCUCAGCUACCUGCUUCUGGAGAGCUCGUGGGGAAGCUUCCCCAGAGAUCUGAGUGAGCAGCAUCUAGCACGGGGCCAAGUUAGUUCAAAUGACCUUUCCUCCAUGGUUUAGCUUUCCUGAUUUGGGAGCCUGGGAGUGAGUUUGGAGCUCAUCCUUCCAAAAGCAAGAAGGUGUAGGGGUAGGUGAAUGUUGCCUUAUCUUCAACAUUAACACACUUGUGCUUUUUCAUUAACAAGCUUUAUCAGUAAUCACUGAACUUUGGUGAAGUUUGUGACCUUCUGGGGGUGGAAGCCAGGUUACAUUUCAAAGCCAGUGUCUGAUUUUUGUUGUUCACUACGAUUUCCUCUUUCUGAACCGAGGUGAUUUUUCUUUCUUAACGUUGGCAUCAUCUUUCUGUCUAAACUGUGUGAGAAAGUAUUUAAGGAUACUCGGUGAAGUCUUGUGAAGGAAGUGGGAUUGGACACACAAGUUACUAUACUUACCCCAAUUUGCUGUGUUACCUCUGCAGGGAAAGGCUGGGGUAAGUUUUCUGAAUCACAGCCAUUAUUUUGGAGAGGCUGGAAUUGAAAGUCGCUGCCAAAUCCUGUCAGUUCAGCCACCCAAAACAUUCUGAAACCAGGUCAGUCCCUGGUUUGGGCAGUCACAAAAAAUAGCCAUGUUUAAGAAAGCAAAAUUACUCCCCUUGUCUGCUCCCCCAGCCUUGCCAUAUGGUAGUGUUCAAACUGUGUCAGCAUUCCUAAGAGAGCUCUGUUGAGACACAUUGAAUUAUUUCUUUGUCUGGGGAACAAGGCACCAACACAGACUGAAAAUAUCUCCUGGUUGUGGGACUGGGUGGAAAACUUGCAUUCCUUGUGAUGCAGAUAAUCUUGCAUGAAUUUAGGGGUGCUAGGGAUGUGUUGCCUGUGUGCUAUUUUUCUAUUUCUGAUCUUUUCUAUUUCUGAUACCUGUGGUUGGGUUUAAUGUCGGGCACAAGAACCACGUUUGUUCAUUUCUUCCUGGUUUUUCUCCCUAUGUAGAAAGCAGGCAUUGAGGAUUUAACCUGUAUAUUAACCAUUCCUGUAUCAUUCCAAUAAAGUUGUUUUAGAAUGCUUUCUCACA